AUGCUGAAAAACAAGCUUUUUGCAACAUCAUUCCCUUGGUGGUCAUUGCUUGGAAAUCGUCACACAAGAAGAGGGUUUCACUAUGGCCAUCCAAGCUAUAACAACGUUAUGGUAAAAAACAUAUUGGAUGUUGCAAGGUGGGCUCCAUCCGGCGACAAUAUGCAAACCUGGAAAUUUGAAAUUAAAAGUGACAAGGAGUUUAUCGUUCACGCCUACGAUACGCGAGACCAUUGUGUCUAUGAUUUGGAUGGCCAUGGAUCACAUAUGGGAUUAGGAGCAUUAUUGGAAUGUAUUGAUAUUGCUUCUAAGGAAUUUUCAAUGAAAGCUAAUUUUCACACCAGCCAUGACGAUGACAUGAAAAUUAGAAUUACUCUAGAUCCGUUAGUCCAUGCUGAUGUAAAUGAAAAAGAUCCUCUCUUUAAACAGAUCAAAGAGAGAUGUGUCCAUCGAAGAAUGUUUAAAACCACUCCUUUAACCUUGCAUGAAAAACAACAAUUGGAAGAAAGUGUUGCCAAGUAUGGAUUCAAAGUGUUGUGGUUUGAAUCGUUCAAAGAUCGACUGGCCAUGGCCAAGUUAAUGUUCCUGAAUGGUCAAUUGAGAUUAACAUGUGAAGAAGGAUUUCCAACUCAUAGUACAAUUAUUGAAUGGAAUUCUCAAUUUAGUGCUGAUAAAAUUCCAGACAUGGCUGUAGGAUUGGAUCCCAUCUCUACCAAGCUCAUGAAGUGGGCACUCCAAAGUUGGUCACGUGUCGAAUUUCUAAACAAAUAUUUGGGAGGUUCUCUCGUGCCUGGUAUUCAAUUGGAUUUUCUUCCAGGAAUUGCUUGUGGAGCUCACUUUAUGUUCAUUUCACAACAUCCUAAUUCUCUUGUUUCAACACAAGAUUACAUUCAAGUUGGAAGAGCUCUUCAACGUUUUUGGUUAACCGCCACACAACUCGAUGUGAGAUUGCAACCAGAAACUACUCCAAUUAUUUUCUCGAAUUAUGUUCGCAAUGGAAUCAAAUUUUCAAAAUCUGAAGAGUGUUUGAGAAAGGCAAGACACAUCGAAAAGAGACUGUGUGAAAUUGUGAAUAGCCAUCCCGAAGCUAAAAAUGUAUCAGUGGAUGGAACACCACUACAGGAACAGGUUGCAUUUGUAGGAAGAGUAGGUCAUGCAGAGAAGCCAUAUGCUCGUUCCAUCCGAAAAUCAUUAGAUGAAUUAUUAAUCAAGUAA